UGUCCGCAGACAGCUUCCAGUUCAUGUGGCCAGAAUGACUAAGCCGCUUCUGGCGAACCAGAGCAGCGCACGGAAACGCCGUUCUACCUUCCUGUGGGAGCAGGGGCAAUCCUAUGGGCAAGAUCCACCAGGAUGAGCUGCAUAGGAUACAGAAGUCAAGCUCAAGGCCCCAACCCUGGCUCAGCUGAAGAUACAUCAGAGUGCAGGGCAUCCUGUUUUGCUUCGCGGAAAUGGCUUUGCUUUGUCACACCCUUGGGUAUAUAUAAGGAAUCCUCAAGGCUCCUGUUGGAUGCCAUAUUCUCUCUGCUCCUCAAGAACAGCUUUGACAGAUCCAAAAGAACUCAAGCUUCAAACAUGAAGUCCUUCAAAGUUCUCUUCCUCCUUUUGGUCUCUGUCAGCUUUGUGUUGAUGGAAGAAAAUGACUCAAGAGAAAACACAAAGAAUUCCAGGUUUCUGCAGAGGCGGUAUUCAGAGGGGACAUUAGCAAGCGAUUACAGUCGAACUUUGGACAGCAUGAUGAAGAAGAACUUUGUGGAGUGGCUCUUGAACAGGAGAGAGAACAUGAUUGAUAACAGAAUUGACCCAUCCAGGAGAGAUACUGAACCCACAGCAUUAGAUACAAGGAAUCAAGGCAUUGAAGCUGGAUCUCAGGAGGCAAUGGACUUCAUCAAAUGCAUUCUGCAAAAUAUGGGGAAACAGAGCCUGGCUCUGCCAAAAGGUUCAGAUGACUGGAAGGACGUCCGGAGGCAAGAACAUCUGGCAUGGCUGAUUUCUGCUGACCUCUGCAGGCCAAUGCUUCAAUAGCUCACAGCUUCCUUGAGGGAGAAAAGAUGGACUAACUUCUGUACUCUCCUUGUUUUGUACCUUUUGCUAAUGAGUGUCAACAAUAAUUAUGACAGCAGCAAUAAAACAAUUUAUUAUCAAGUUCA